GGAAAGCACGUGACAAAAGGUCGGAAAAGCAAAGCCUAAUACAAACUCUGUUUGGGCAGGUUUCAUAGAUGGCUGAUAAGGAAUCACAAAUGCAAAAAGAAAAAUACAUAAUGAAAAGUAAUACUAAGUCUCCUGCAGAGCUAAGAAAGAUGAAUCCUCAAGAGAAAGCCCGAUAUCUGGCAUAUAAAGAACCUAGUAAAGAAAUCAGGAGUGCAAUUUUAUGUUCCCAGCAGCGAUUGCAACAAUGGUCCAAAGAGAGUAAGAAUACUUUGAAGACCACCAUUCCCCAAAGGGAUGAAGAAUACAGAAAACAUGAAAAUCUGAUCGGCCAACUCAAGGCAGCUGAAGCAAGGAAUAGGAUUCGUUUGAUGAGACUAAAGUAUCAAAGUUUCAGAGUAGAAGAAGUCAAUCAUUUUAUAUCAUGUCAACCAACAGCACAAAGGGCUCUUCGAUUAGAAUUAUUACUUCCUCGCAAAAUUGACACCUCUAGCCCUGGAGACACAUUGGAUACAUUAGAGAGAAAAAGAAUUGAAGAAAUUCUUGAAGAUGAAAGAGGACUGACAAUUAAACGGACUUAAACACUUUCUUUUAGGUGUUUCUUAAUUUAGUGGCUCACGUCACAUUCCAUAACAUGUAUUCACCUGGUACAUUUCAUGUAAGAAUGACAUUGAUAUUGCCAGGAUAGUCUCUACUAAUGCCUUUACUGGACUGGCAGAUUCAUGGACUUCAUAAAUGAAGGCAUCAGCUCACAUAAAUCUUCAAUCUGCAGUAAGCAUUUCAUUAUGACUCAUUUAUAUAUGACAGAAAUAAUGAUUAUUCUAAUUUAAAUAUUUAGUUUUGUCAUGUAUCUACCCAUUUUCUGAACAUUCUGUCACUAUUAAAUGUGUACAUCAUAGUUCUUUCACAUCAUACAGUAUAUGAAACAAUACAAUUGCACAUUUAUGCUUUUUAUGACUUGGCUCUAAACAAUAAAGUGUGUGAUUAUAAAGACUGAAAAAAUUUAUUUUGGGCAGUAUCUGAAAAUGGUUACUUAUUUUGAAGCACAUUUUUCAUCUUUUGUCAAGUUUAUUGUUUUUUUCAUACAGUUAUAGUAUAGCUAACCUCACUGCACAGUUAUUUUUGCUUUAGAAAAAAUGAAAACAAAAAAAACAAUAACUAAGGAAUAAAUUAGUUUUUCCAAAUCAUUCUAUCCCUUCUAUUUCUUCGUUGGAAUUGUGGCAUGUCUUUACCAGUAUAAAAUGACAUUUGCAAUAAUGUGGGUAGACACAAAAGGAACACCAGUUGCCUGAAGAAAACAGAAAGUGAUAUACAGUGGUGCUAAAUUUACGGCUGCCAUCUGCUUACUUUCAUUCUCUCCUCUGAAAAUUAAUCAUUGCGAAAAUGUGUUAUGAU